AUGACGGCCUUUUAUCGCACGCCACAAAACAAUUCUUUAAUUUCAACCUGGUUUUAUUCACAUUUCUAUUCCCUCAGGUUUCGUUUUUGGCAGUAUGGACGAUGGAUUGAGGUUCGAAUUGAUGAUCGACUACCAACACGAGGUGAUCGUCCCGCAUAUUUACAUUGUUCACAACCAGACGUCUUUUGGGUGGCGCUGCUUGAGAAAGCUUAUGCAAAACUUUAUGGCGGCUACGGAUUUCUAAAAUAUGGAACUGUAGGACGUUCAUUACAAGAUUUAACUGGAGCAGUUGUUCAGUCUGUUCCACCAUCGUUGCCACUUCUUUCCGGAUCUGUUCCCAGAUCUACAAUUUUAGUUGCCAUUAGUGAAACGCAGGAGAAAGGAACACGACGAAGACGAAUGGGACUACUUCCGGAACAUCCUUACUCAAUCACCGGCUUAGCUCGCGUUCGUACGAAUGCAAGUUCAUCAAAUGCAUCACAAAGUUCAGGAAGUUCACAAGAUACUAAUUUGAUAAGGUUGCAAAGUCCAUGGGCAGGUGGCGAGUUUGGUGGAGUUUGGGGUGGUGCAUGGUCAGAAAAAAGUUGGGAAUGGAAUGCUUUAAGCGAACGUGAUCGUGAUUUGCUUGCUUCACGAACACAGGAAGAUGGCGAGUUUUGGAUGUCAGUUCAAGAGUUUUUAGGUCGAUUUAUUGUCAUUUGGCUUGCACAUAUUGGACCGGAAGAUUGGGCAUUCGAACCUGCACUUCAUACACGAGCACCAUGGCGAGCUGCACAAGCAAUUCGACAAUGGCGUGCUGGGUUCAACGCUGGCGGACCUCACAAGUGUAUUGAAACAACAGCAACAAAUCCGCAAUUUCGUAUUCGAGUUCCUUCGGGUCAUCAUGAGAAAGCGCACAUCGUUGUUGCUGUUGCACAAAGCUAUGAUUGUUACCGUUCGAGAAAUGAAGAAGAAAGUGAAAUAGGCUUUACAAUUUAUGAAGUGCCGCCAAACAUGCCUCGCGUCACGUCUCAAUAUGUCAGCGAUCAUGCACCACUCGAUUACGCUCCAGUGACUAACAUCAGAGAGAUUGCAACGUUCUUCGCCCUCCCACCAGGUGAUUUUGUCGUUUUACCGAAUACAUUACAACAUCGUGAGGGAAAAUUCCUGUUGCGAAUAUUUGCUGAUCAGCAUGCAGAUGUCUGGGAGGUGAAUGAAGACAACAUUAUCAUUCCGAAUGCAGGCAUAGAUUUCACUGAAGAUCGUUUACAUGACGCUAAAUUAUUAUACAAGUUGAAGAUGAAAUAUCCAUCGGAGAUUGAUGCAUUGCAACUGCAAAGCUUGUUGAAAAGUAACGGAAGUUGCGGAAAUAAUUUGCCAGGUUUAGGUGGAUUUUGUGGACCAUCAUUAGAUCUUUGUCGAGGUUUGCUUGCAUUGAAAGAUCCUGAUCUUGGUGGUCGUUUGUCAAUCGAACACGUUCCAUCAUUAGUAUCGUUAAUGAAGUUUUGGAAAAAUGCAUUUCGAAGAUGUGGACCAUCAUAUUCGACAACUGGAAGCUUAGGUCGAGGAAUUUGGGCAUCGAAAGUGUCGUCGUAUUGUCUUAGAGGACUUUUAUGGGCUGGCGGUGUGACAGCAAGUAAUAAAGUCAUCGAAGCACUUGUAGGAAGAUUCACAAAAAAUAAACAAAUAACUUUGGAAGGAUAUUUGUUAGCCUUAGUUAGAAUUCAUUUAGCACAAGAUCGUUAUCACAGUCUUGAUUCCAAAGCAAAAACAAACCCGUUAUCACUGGAAGAGAUGAUUCUAAUGACGAUUUACUCAUAACAAAGUGAAUGUUGAAUACUCGAAAAGAGAGAAAGAAAGCGACGUGAAGCCAAAGCAUGAAAACAAGUUGAACUGCAUGUUGACAUAAGCAUUGAUGACAUCUCAGAUGAAAAUAACUAGUUUUAUUUAAUUAAUGAAUCUUAUUUAUAUAUUUGAUUUGAAUAUUUAAGUGGAAAAACAUUUUAAGAC